AUGAGAAGGAGUCCUGCCGCAAUUUCCAUUCUCCUAUUCACUCUCGUUACCGCCAGCUGCCUCCUCGACCUCGAGGCGGAGGCGAAACCUCAAACUUGCUUGCCGAGCGGCAAGCUCCGAGGCAGGAAGCCUCCGGCAAAGAAGUGCAACCAGAUCCACAACUCCGACUGCUGCGUGGAGGGGAAGCUGUACACCACCUACGAGUGCUCGCCGCCGAUCACGGAGCAGACCAAGGCGGUGCUGACCCUCAACAGCUUCGAGAAGGGUCAGGACGGGGGCGGGGCGUCGGAGUGCGACAACAAGUUCCACGGGGACGGGGAGCGGGUGGUGGCGCUGUCGAGCGGGUGGUUCGACCACAGGAAGAGCUGCCUCCAGCGGAUCAAGAUCACGGCCGGGAACGGGAGGAGCGUGGUGGCGAAGGUGGUGGACGAGUGCGAUUCCACGGAAGGGUGCGACGAGGAGCACGAUUACCAGCCGCCGUGCCCGAACAACGUUGUGGAUGCUUCGCCGGCGGUGUGGGAUGCGCUUGGGGUGCCUUCUGGGGAACAAGGGGAUUUGAAGGUCACCUGGUCGUUUCUCUAG